CACGCUAUCCAGAUUAACCAAAACAAAUUCUGCAUUUGUGCCGAUUUGUGAUUUUUAAUUAAUUGAUAAUAGUAAAUUAAACAUAGCUGAGCAAUAAAAUUAUUAAUAUUAGUUAACACAAUCCAAUAUGCCUUCCUAUGAAUUAUCGUUGGUGCUGCGGCAGCUUCCACGGCCGGAACUGAUUUCUGUCAUUAAGCGAACAGCUGAGUCUAUUUUCAACAAAGGCGGCAUUAUCAGGAAGCUAGAAAACCUGGGAUCACGUCCGCUGCCCCACAAAGUGAGUGAGCAUGGUGUGGUUCAUCGGGAGGGUACGCACUUCAACAUUAUGUUUGAUACGGCGCCCACAAAGAUAUUGGAUCUCAAGGAAGAGUUUGGACGAGACAUCGAUAUUAUUCGGAGAAACAUUUACAAGGUGGAAGAAGCUGUAGAGUUCAAGUGCACGCUACAUGAUGAAAUGCUGCCCCCGGCUUAUCGCAAGGAUGUGCAGGAGAUAAUUGAUAUCGCGAAAAAGAAACAAAAGCCCAAAUACAAUUAUAACUCGGGACUCGACUAUUAUCCUUUCCAGAAGUAGUUCAACAAGAAAAGAAAAUAAAUGUUACGAGUUUAUAAAUACUUUUGUGAA